AUGUCAGAAGAAACAAUGAAGUUUAUGAAUAAUCAAGCAAUUAAAAUCGAACCACCAGAAUAUUCAGAAGAAGACACUAAACGCGAAAUUGAGGAUGAAUUCGAUGAUCUUGAUGCUAAUGUUAGAUCAGAAUCGUGUACUGAUAACGAUGAAACUUGUUUAGAAAGAUUCAUGAAUUCCGAAGUGACUAUAGAAGAAGCAGUCAAACAGGAGUCAAUCGAGACAUUGGCCUUUGAAUGUUACAUUUUUUAUCGAUCAUUUGCAGAAUCACAUUAUUUGAAAGAGCAUAUGGUUCAUCACAUGCCUAGUAAUAGAAAAGAAAACCCUUUCAAAUGCAAACUUUGUCACAAGACUUUCACACGAGUAGAUCAUCUGAAAUGCAAUACAUGCAAUAAGAAAUUCGCACUAUUAGAUAAUAUAAACUGUCAUAUAUUGAUACACACUGAAGAACGCUCCAUCAAUGCAGUAUAUGCAAUAAAACAUUCAUACAAUUAG